AUGUCGCUCCGGGCAGUACUCGCCGAGGUCGAGGCACACACACCCUUCCUCCCCACCGCCGGCUACACCCAAGAGCCCGACUGCGGCCCUCCCGCUGCCGAGCUGGAGGCCCAGGAGCUGUAUCCGACGUACGUCCCUGACAUCGAGACGGACGAGAAGACGGCAGGUCCCACUCGCUCAGGCUUCCGCUCCCGCUUUCUCCGCUGGGGCGACCAUCGCGGCAAGGAGGGGGAACCUGAACCUCGCCCCCGACCUCCUCUCAGCCGGCGCCCGUCACACCUGUCGAUCACCUGUCGUUUCGGCUCGGACACCGCGAUCUCUGACAAGGAGGAACACUUCAUCGCCAAGUACAAGCGCAAGUAUAUGGCGAAGCGCCGGAGCACGGACUUUGAUAUGCCUUUUGUCAAGACGGUUGCCGACAUCUCGAGUGGAUUCCUCCCGACUCCCAGGUACUUUCCAGUCUUCAACCACGAGAGGCACAUGAUCCUCCCCAAGCCGAGGACCGUGGAUGAGAGGAACGCCAUGGCGGCCAACCUCUACAUUUUUGAGACGAAUGUGUUUGCGGUCACGCUUCUCCCCCAGCAUGGCCUGCACGAAGACUACCGCCAGGACGGAGGAGACAAGAUCGAACUCCUGGCUCGAGAACUGCGUGCAGCAUUCGUCAGGAAGGGCCUCCUCACGCACGUAGAGUCGUCUUGCGCCUGGGAGGCUACGAUUCUCGUCAAGUGGCACACUGCGGCCGACAUUGAGCGCGUCACAGAGUGCCUCAACCGCUUCCCGCUCCCAUCCCUCCGCGUCCGCUUCCGUAGCUCCGAAGUCGAGACGCUCGAACACCAAGGCCUGAUGGCGCUGUUCAACACACUCGAUCUCCUGUCAACCCUGCGGCUUCAGGUGGCAUGCACGUACGACGACCCCGUGACCGACGACGUCUGGGAGGAACUGCUCGACUACCUAACGGACAGUCGGAGCAGGACGGUGCGACACCUCGUCCUUCCGCCAUUCCACAAGCUCUAUGAGGAGCUCCCAGAGCUCCGGAGCUACGUCAUGAAGGCGCUGUGGGAGGGCAACGUGACCUUGGAGAGCCUGUGCUUCCACGGGCAGGCAUGGUGCGGAGACGUCGAGGUCACCUCGGACUGGUGGCCUCGUCAGCGGUGCAGCGGCUGCCUUGGGGACCAGGGAGAGGAGGACAGCCGCAAGGCUUGGGCGGGGAUUGUGGACGUGGGGAUCAGGAAUCGCAUGAUCCGCAUGACUGGGGUCGAGAAGCAUGUGCUCCACGCACGCUGGCUAGGACAAGUGCUCCUCCGCAAGGUCAGGCUCCGUACUCCGCCUCCUUGGGCGCCAGCAAGCAUCGGUAGGAGGAUCCGCGCUUUGAACUGGAGGAGCGAGGGGAGCAGUGUGGGCGGACCAUCGGCGCGACCGGCGCGGCGGGCGACCUUCCUCGAUCUUCCUUACGAGGUGAGGUCGCGCAUUGUCGAGAUGGCCGCCGAUCCCCACGGCCACGUUGCCACCCCCGUCCUGUGGCGAGCCAUCGAUGCCGCCGUUGCCAGUCCCCGCAUUCCCCCUCGCGUCCGGUUGCACCAGUGGCAGCCAUCUGGCGGCUGGUCGGUGCCAAGGCAGGUCUUUUGGCCCGAGUGCGAGUUGCGGUUUGUGCUCGACAACCAUGCUAUGGGCGACUGGCUGGACAGUCAGGGGCUGCGGUGGUACGGGACCGUGGAGGAGGGAAUCGAGUGGUUCAAGACGCUUCGGCGUCCAACCCGGUGGCAGCGGCUUGUCGCCAGGGUCCUCAACACGUUCAGCCUGAGCCAGCUGCGCAUCAUCUUCGACGGGUGCGGACAGCACCAGGUCGCCGCGCUCACCGCGCUCCUCGGCACGCUCGACCUGCCCGCCACGCACAAACUCCAGAUCCGCCUAUCCGCGUCCCCGUGGCCCCGGGCAGGAAGCUUCCCAGAGGUAUACCCGGCUCUGCGCGACUUCCUCGCCGGGCCCCGGUCGCGCAAACUCCGCUCUCUCAUCCUACCACCCAUCAACAGGUGGUGGGCUCACGAGGAGUGGGGUCCCCUCUUCCUCGACCUCCAGGAAACCAACACGUCCCUGGAGCACGUCUGCUUCGAGAACAAGUGGGAGUGCGGGACGCAGGACUUCGCCAGCGGAACCCGGACGUUCUGCCUCUACUGCCAUGUGACCCGGAUGCCCUGGCGGGACCAGCAACGGUGGCCCCACCUAAGCUCGGUGCUGACGAAGAACUUCGGGCUGCGGGGUAUGCUCGAGCGGGUCGCUGUCCGUACCAACGUCCUGGGGCAGGUGCUCCUGCGAAGCGAGCCGCCUACCUCGUCCCCUCCAGCCCCAGGAGAGGCGGGUUCGGCCCCUCCAACCCCGUCCAGGGCCUCCUUCGCCAACCUGCCACCCGAGAUACGGCGCACCAUCGUCGCCUUGGCCGGCGGAGCGGUCGGCGUCCUCGACACGCACGCCAUCAACCGCGUCCUCGACCACGCGGCGGAGCGGCGCCCUAUCCCUGGCCUCGAGAACGCGGGGCUGCCACCAUGGGAGGCGGAGGUGCAGCUGGCGGAGGUGUUGGGCGAGUGGCUAAGCGCCGGGGGCUUCACAUGGGCUGGGACGCCGGAGGGGGCACUGGAGUGGAUGAUGCAGCAGGAAGCAGAGGGUGAGCCUGCUGCGUUUCAUCAGGCUUCGAGGACGUGA